UGAAACGGAACGCAUUUGUUUGUUGACGUUUCACGUCUCGUCUGGAGUUUACUAGAAAUUGUGGUAUUUUCAUUAUUGGUUUGUUAUUUUAUUCGCAUUUCGUGACAAUAAUGUCUAACUAUCCAGAUUUAGUGAAUAAGUUCGGCAAGGAGACGGCCCGGGCUGCUUGUAAAAAGUGUGGUUAUGCUGGGCAUCUUACGUUUCAAUGCAGAAACUUUAUAAAGGUGGAUCCCAAUAAAGAAAUAGUGCUUGAUGUGAGCAGCACAAGCAGUGACUCUGAGGAGGAGUAUGCUACACCACUCCAACGGCUCCGAGAAGCAGAACUAAGGCAGAAGCUACAAGAGAAGCUACAGAAAGCCAAGGAGAAGAAGAAGAGUAAAAGUAAAAAGAGAAAGAGAUCUCGGUCAUCAAGCACCUCAUCCACAACUAGUACCUCCUCAUCAUCAUCAACAUCCAGCAGUGAAUCAGACAGUAAGAGCAGGAAGAGGAAACAUAAGAAGAAAUCAAAGAAGUCCCACUCUAAGAAGUCUCAUAGCGAAAAGAAAAAGAGUCGGAAAUGACGUUUGCCAUUCUCUUUUAGAUUGUAGUUAAGAUGAUUAGUUAGCUAUUAUUUAAAUUCUCAUUUCCACCUUUUAUAAUAUUACAAUGCAAUAUAAUUUCAAAAAGAGUCGGAAAUGACGUUUGCCAUUCUCUUUUAGAUUGUAGUUAAGAUGAUUAGUUGGCUAUUAUUUAAAUUCUCAUUUCCACCUUUUAUAAUAUUACAAUGCAAUAUAAUUUCCUAUGUCAAGUGUGUAUCGUUCUUAGUUCACCAUAAUUAAUUCCCUUUUUAUAUACGUCAUACUAAGUUAUAUUUGAUUUUUUAUUUUUUAAUAUUGACCUAAUUUUAAUUUUACGAAAAGAAUUAAGAUUAAAAUAAAACUGUCUUGACAUUUGUUAAUGUUAAUUAUAUUUCGCAUAAUUAACUUGCUUUGACUUUAAUCAUAGGGUAACUUCUUAAAUUUUAUUUUAAGGUCCGCCUGGUAUUUUUUCUUUUCUCACAAAAUUUAAGACUUUCGACGAUAUAUUACUCUGAAACAUCGUGUGACGACCUCCUACUCCUAAACUUAACUCCAUUUUAUCUAAGUAUUUACACUUUAUAUGAGAAAAUA